AGCAGAGCAGGUCUAGGUCAACAGAGAGUUGUUCGCUCUAGCGUUAGCGCGCCCAAUGUCAUAGGUGAUGGAAAUCCAGCAAAGGACACUACGGGAACAUCUUCAAGCAAUGGCUCUGCUUUGCCGGAAAAGCAGGGACAACCUACUUCGCAGCCGUCAGGCGGUUGCAAAAGCAAAAGUUCUGCGGUUAGAGUACCGCCAGCGUCUCGAACUGUUUCACAACGCUAUCUGCUUGUGAUCGACGGGUAUGACGAG